AUGGAAAAAUCUGAUCAAAUCUUUUGAUCAGUGACAACUUCAAGUGGAGUGUGUGGUUGUGUUGUUUCUUUUUCUCACCACAAUGUGUGAGGGAUGGAUAUGGGUCGGAUGCCAGUUUAUUUUCGUUACGGAUACAAGGACUGGCAGGUUAUCAGCAUGAAUUACUGAGGGGAAAAAAGAAAAAUAAAUUUGCCAUAGCUCUGGAGGAAUGACCAUGGUGAAAAGGAAGGGACUGUUAUUUUCGCUGCUGUACUUUAUGGCAGAGUUUUGGCUCACUUCGCAGCAAGUCCUGAGAAUUGGGGGCAUCUUUGAGACUCUUGAAAAUGAGCCCAUUAGUGUUGAAGAACUGGCCUUUAAAUUUGCCGUAACUAACAUAAACAGGAACCGGACCUUAAUGCCAAACACCACGCUGACCUAUGACAUCCAGAGAAUAAACUUAUUCGACAGUUUUGAGGCUUCAAGAAGAGCCUGUGACCAGUUGGCGCUGGGCGUCGGUGCUGUUUUUGGACCCUCUCACAGCUCAUCGGUCAGCGCGGUCCAGUCUAUCUGUAAUGCCCUGGAAGUCCCUCACAUCCAGACACGCUGGAAACACCCAUCAGUGGACAACAAAGACAGCUUCUACAUUAACCUCUAUCCUGAAUAUGCCUCUAUAAGCAGAGCUGUGUUGGACAUAGUGCAAUUCUACAAGUGGAAGACGGUCACUGUGGUCUACGAGGACGCAACUGGCCUGAUUCGUCUGCAAGAGUUGAUCAAAGCUCCAUCCAGAUACAGCAUUAAAAUAAAGAUCCGGCAGCUGCCCACAGGGAGUAAAGAUGCCCGCCCCCUGCUGAAGGAAAUGAAGAAAGGGAAGGAGUUCUAUGUCAUCUUUGACUGCUCUUACCAAACAUCAGCUGAUGUUCUCAAGCAGAUUCUGUCCAUGGGAAUGAUGACUGAAUAUUACCACUUUUUCUUCACCACACUGGACCUGUUUGCCCUUGAUUUGGAGCCGUACCGCUAUAGCGGGGUCAACAUGACGGGGUUCAGAUUGCUAAACAUAGACAAUCCUCACGUGGCUUCGGUGGUCGAGAGAUGGGCCAUGGAGCGACUGCAGGCACCCUCCAAAGCUGAGACUGGAAUGAUGGAGGGGAUGAUGACAACUGAAGCGGCUCUGAUGUACGACGCCGUCUACAUGGUGGCUGCUGCCUCGCAACGCACCUCUCAAAUCACUGUCAGCUCCCUUCAGUGCCACCGACACAAACCCUGGCGCUUUGGAUCACGCUUCAUGAGCAUGCUCAAAGACGCACAGUGGAACGGCUUGACAGGACAAAUAAUUAUAAACAAGACAGACGGUCUGAGGAAAGAAUUUGAUUUAGAUGUCAUCAGCCUAAAGGAGGACGGCUUGGAGAAGAUUGGCGUGUGGAACUCCCAAACAGGCCUUAAUUUAACAGAAAUUAACAAGGACUCAUCCACAAAUGUAACAGACUCAAUGGCCAAUAGGACCCUUAUUGUCACUACUAUUCUGGAAAAUCCUUACGUCAUGUAUAAGAAAUCUGACAAGCCGCUUUAUGGAAAUGACCGCUUUGAGGGUUACUGUCUCGACCUGCUCAAAGAGCUCUCUAACAUUUUGGGCUUCUCUUAUGAAGUAAAGUUGGUGUCAGAUGGCAAAUAUGGAGCUCAGAACGACAAAGGGGAGUGGAACGGCAUGGUGCGGGAACUCAUUGAUCAUGUGGCUGACCUUGCUGUGGCCCCUCUCACUAUUACAUAUGUCAGGGAAAAGGUUAUUGAUUUCUCGAAGCCAUUCAUGACGCUGGGUAUCAGCAUCCUCUACCACAAACCCAACGGCACAAAUCCAGGAGUCUUCUCCUUCCUUAACCCACUCUCUCCUGAUAUCUGGAUGUAUGUGUUGUUGGCAUGCCUUGGUGUCAGCUGUGUGCUUUUUGUUAUUGCCAGGUUUACUCCCUAUGAGUGGUACAACCCUCACCCCUGCAACCCAGACUCGGAUGUGGUUGAAAACAAUUUCACUCUAAUAAACAGUGUCUGGUUUGGAGUCGGCGCACUUAUGCAGCAAGGAUCUGAACUGAUGCCUAAGGCUCUCUCUACAAGGAUAGUUGGUGGGAUAUGGUGGUUCUUUACCCUGAUCAUUAUCUCUUCAUACACUGCCAACUUGGCCGCCUUCCUCACUGUGGAAAGAAUGGACUCACCGAUUGACUCUGCAGAUGAUUUGGCCAAGCAAACCAAAAUAGAGUACGGUGCCGUAAGAGAUGGCUCCACCAUGACCUUUUUUAAGAAAUCUAAAAUCUCUACUUAUGAGAAAAUGUGGGCUUUCAUGAGCAGCAGGAAAAACACAGCAUUAGUGAAAAACAACCGUGAAGGGAUUCAAAGAGUCCUCACUACAGAUUAUGCCCUCUUGAUGGAGUCGACCAGCAUCGAGUACAUCAGCCAGCGCAACUGCAACCUCACACAGAUCGGAGGCUUGAUAGAUUCAAAGGGCUAUGGUGUUGGAACCCCAAUUGGCUCCCCUUACCGAGAUAAGGUCACCAUUGCAAUCCUGCAGCUUCAAGAAGAAGGGAAGCUGCACAUGAUGAAGGAGAAGUGGUGGAGAGGGAAUGGCUGCCCAGAAGAGGAUAGCAAAGAGGCUAGUGCCCUGGGCGUGGAGAACAUAGGGGGAAUCUUUAUUGUAUUGGCAGCUGGACUAGUUCUCUCAGUUUUUGUAGCAAUUGGAGAGUUUAUUUACAAAUCCAGAAAAAACUUGGACAUCGAGGAGGUGAGCGUCGGCCAGUGCGAAUGGCACAACAAGUAUUAACAAAGACUGUUAUGACCAUACUACACAUUUGUGUUGUCGUUCCAGGACUACAGCAAUCACUAGGCCAAUAAAAACUGAAGUCUGAAUGUGUCGAACUGCAUUGUUACAAUCAAAACAAGUUUUUAAGGCAAAGUUUUGUGUUUUCAGUAGUUUUUAUGUAGAGCACACAAACAUUUUAGUCUCGAUUGGAAGAAUAGGUUAGAAACCCUUUUUAUGAUGAUGACAGAUUGUUGUUGACUUCUGACAUCGUGACUCUUGACCAUCUUGGCCUUGCUCUUUGUUUUUUUUUUAAACAUUACUCCGUGUGAAAGAAAUGUCAUUUUCAUGGUGUUAUGGGUAAGUGAUGGUAAGUGGUAUCUUUCCAGUAAUGACUGAUUCUCUUAUGACAUGUUUGUUAUUUUCAUAUUUACAGCGCACAGGAACUUUGACACAUUUACAAACUUGUUGAUUUAUUUGACAGUUUAUGAGUGAGUACUCCCUCAACAUCUUAUUCAUUAAGUUGCUUAAUGUCUGUACUUUUUUUGUAUCAUAUGAAGUUUAUGAACUGCAUGGAUAAGUUUUGUCACGUUGGAGCUGUUUCAAAAUGACUAAAAAUAUGU